AUGCCAGUUUGUGAGUUUUUUGGAUGUGAUAAUGGUAGCAAAAGGAAAAGUUUGGUGAAAAAUCCUAAAAUUAUGCUACAUCGAUUCCCAAAAGACCCAAUUUUAAGGGAUUGCUGGGUAAAACAAAUACACCAAUAUGGCCAAACAGAUGAAGAUAGGAAAUCCAUAAAUUUUAAUUCUGCGGUUGUUUGUUCUUUGCAUUUUGCAAAUGAUAGUUAUGUCAUAUCUUCCGGAAUAAAGGGUAGAAAAAUAUUAAAACCAAAUGCUAUUCCUUUGAAUAUACAUAGCAUGAUUGAUGGUAUUGUGUGUCUUGAAGAGUUUAUUACUCCUCAAAAAAAUAGAUCAAGUUGUAAUGAGCCAGUAAUAAUCACCUCAGCUGGAAAAUUCUCUGUAGAAAAAUUGUGUGAAUCUGUUGUUGCUUCUGCAGACCAUAAGUCUAAAGAAAAAUAUAGAAUUAACCUUUUUGAUGAUCUAGAAGUUCAACCACUAGAUCAAAGUUUAGAAAAUAAAACGGAAAAUAGUUCAUCAUAUCAAAACUUCUUCUUCAUCCAAAAAAAAAAAGUAUAUCAGUGGACCCCAGAAGAUAUUUCUUCGGCGAUUACUUUAAGGAGUAUAUCGCCAAAAUGUUAUCGUUACUUAAGAGAAAAAAAAAAUUUUCCACUGCCAGGUCUAUCUACUUUACGAACUUGGGCAGCAAAAUUUCCAAUUGAUGAUGGAAUAUUGACUAGUGUUUUAUCUUUGAUGAAAUCUAAAGGAGAUCUUAUGAGCACAGCUGACAAAUUAACUGUAAUUUGUUUUGAUGAAACCUAUAUUUCAAGUAGAAUUUGUUUGGACAAAAAAAAUGAACGAGUAAUAGGACCACAUAAAUGUGUACAAACAGUUAUAGCUCGAGGGUUGGUAAGUAAUUGGAAACAGCCGAUUAUGUAUGGAUAUGAUACCCCAAUGACACAAGAAUUAUUACAUCAAAUUAUUGAGCAGCUGCAUAAUGUUGGGUUUAAUGUCAUUGCAAUGGUUAGUGAUAUGGGUUCAUCAAACAUUGGAUUAUGGAAAGCUUUAAACAUAACUAUAGAGAAUACGUCCUUUAAGCAUAAAAUAACAAACCAAAACAUCUAUGUUUUUGCUGAUGUCCCACAUCUUUUGAAGCUAGCAAGAAAUCAUUUAAUUGACAAAGGUUUUGUACUUUCCAAUGGAAAAUAUAUUGGAAAAGGUGUUUUUGAAGAGUUGUUAAAUUUAAACUCUGGCCAAGAUUUUAAAUUGGCUCAUAAAUUCACGAACAAACACCUAUUAGUUGAAGGGACUGGUCGUAUGAAAGUAAAAUUAGCUGCACAGUUAUUUUCAUAUACAGUUUCCAAAGCAAUUGAAUAUGGCGGAGAAAAAAAGUUAUUAGAGGAUUAUAACUGGAAAGAAGCUUCAGAUAUUAUUUUGCUAUUCAACGAUUGGUUUGAUUUACUAAACACUCAACAUAAAUUUGAUAAAGGAGUAAAAAGUUAUGGCCUAGAUGAAACAAAUCAAAAUGAUUUACUUGAAAAAAUGAACAGUUUUAUCAAGUCCAUGAGAGUUCAUCAAAAAAAAUCUUUACUACCAUUUCAAAAGGGAAUUUUAGUCACUAAUAUAUCCCUAAAAAAUUUAUUAAUUGAUAUUAAAAACAUGAAUGGUCUCACAUAUAUAAUAACUAGAAAGUUGAACCAGGAUAUAUUGGAAAAUUUAUUUAGUUUUCUAAAAGGAAUGGCUGGAUGUGCAAGCAAUAAUAUUACUGCAUUGGAUUUUAAAUACUGUUUGAGGUGGUAUAUACUAGGCAAACACUCUCACUUAGUAUUUUCAGAAAAUACUAAUACGGAAGAUGGUCAUGAAGAAAAGUUGUUGAAUGAUUCCGAAUGUAUAACAUCAGAACUAUUCAAUAAUUUAGAAUUGUCCAAAGAGAUCUGCAAUGGCCAGCUUGAGAUGGAAAGUCACAAUACUUGUUUGAAGGAAACAGAUAUUCCAGAAUUAGAUUUUGAUUUACUAAAACAAUUUGAAUUGGACACCGAAGAACCAUUCAAUAGCAUAGAGAAAGAAUGUGCAGAAUUUGUGGCAGGCUACGUAGCUAAUCGGUUUUUCAAUAAAUAUCCCAAUUUGAUAGCCCAUUCAGAUAAAGACAAACCAAUCUGUUGGACAGAUUAUAUUUCCAGAGGGCAAUUGAAAAUUCCAUCUGACAAUUUAAUGCGAGCUGUGAAACAAUUAGAAAUACAUUUCAGAAGUCUCCACGGUGACAACCUGUCAAAAGCUCCUAAUAUAUUUAAAACAUUAACAGAUAAAUUACAAAUAAGUACUCAAGAUUUAAAGUUACCUUUAGAUGUUUUGCAAUGUCUUGUACGAACAAGAACUUAUAUAAGACUCAAUAAUUUAAACAAUCAAAUUAUGAGUCAAAAAUUUAAAAAAUUGGAAACAUUUAAAAAACAAAAAUUUACUAAAUAA